CGAGCGUUUCAUUCACAGCUCAGAAGCGUCCUUGGUGGUGCAAUCACUGCUGGACGUCCUAACCGCAGAAAACUAGGAAGAAGCGACAAAAUGGUGAAGAUAUCUUUCCAGCAAGUAACUGUACAGAAGCCGGAGAAGGAGAACGAUGGAGACAAAGAGGAAAUUCACAUGCCCUACUCUCACCAGGAUGAGUUGGUGCUCCCGGUGAGAUCUAAUAAGUCUCCCUUCAGUGGCCUUUGGUGCGUCGUGCUCGGCUUGGUGAUCUUCCUCUCAGGCUUGAUCAUGGCGUCUGUAUGCCUGUACCGAUACUACUUCAGCCCACAGGUCCCAGAGGACAGUUUGUUCCACUGUCGGGUGAUGUACGAGGACCCCCUGUUCGCCCCGUUACUCGGUAGACAGGAGCUGGAGGAGAACGUGGGCAUCUACCUGGAUGACAACUACGAGCAGAUCAGCGUGCCUGUGCCCGACUUCGGAAGCAGCGACCCGGCCGACAUCAUUCACGACUUUCACAGGGGACUCACAGCUUACUAUGACAUUGCGUUGGAUAAGUGCUACGUUAUUGAACUCAACACGACAAUCGUCAUGCCGCCCAGGAACCUGUGGGAGCUGCUUGUCAAUGUCAAGCGGGGGAUGUAUUUGCCCCAGACCUACAUCAUUCAAGAAGAGAUGGUAGUGACGGGGCGCGUUAGGAACAUGCGUCAGCUGGGACCCUUCAUCCACCGGCUCUGUUACGGAAAAGAAACCUACAGACUUAGACGCCGUAGCGCCCAAAGACGCGUCGAUAAGAGGGAGACCAGAAACUGCCACAGCAUCCGGCACUUCGAGAACACGUUCGUCGUAGAGACAAAGAUUUGCGACCGACUCCUGCUGUAGUUUCUCUCUCUUCUCCUCAACUCUACUGAGCAAAACCCAAAACUGACCCAUCCCCAUCCGUCCAGCUUAACAGCACUUUAUCGGCAUGAUAAACCUGUACAUAAUGUUAGAUAAUGCCAUAUUUGUGUGUUUGUUUGUUGGUUCAAAUUUUCCAAGGAUAAACUGUAACUACAUUUUUUUUUUUUUUUCUUCUUCUUUGUAUUUGUCUAAAUUUAGAUUUUGAUUUCCAUAUUCUGAAGCACACCGUCUAGUUCGUAGUUUCAUUUCUCAGGUUAUCAGGUUACUUGUAUCUUAUUUUAUUUUUUUGGGUGGGAAAAUUUCCACAAAUAUAACUGUGAGAUUAGUCUAGCAUGCACUGAAAAAUUAUUUGCUUUUUUUUUUUUUUUUUUUUUUUUUUUUUCUCUCCCUUCCUCUUCAGCCUUUCAGUUUUUGUGCCGUGUUUCAUUCAUUCCUUUCUGUUUUAGCUAAGAAAUCCAGUAUCUGAAAAUUGUCUUCAAUGCCAAAAGAUGUAUACCUCAUAUUUUAGAAAUGUAUGACUUUAAGCCUGUUAUUUAAGUCAUAGUGUGAGUUUUUUGAACGUGAUAUAAGCAAUAUAAGUUUUCUUAUCUUGGAUUUCCUAACUUGACAUCCAGUUGUCUGUAGUAUUGUUAGCGGUUUAUCAUGUUCAAAUUCUCUGUGUUGUCCUUUAAUACGUGUGACUUUAAAGUUUGUUUGGAAGAAAAAGAGAAAAACUAGCCACCGGAUGUUGGUUUGAAAUGUUCCGUUAUCUCGAUUAUUGCAGUAUGUUUAUACUGAUAAAGAACGGCUCGUUCUGAAGUCAAAGAUGAAUCUUUUUAGGCACGGAUGGAUAGAAAUCUUUACCUUGCUGUUCUUACUACUAUUUAUUUAUUUUUUUUUUUAUAAAUGUACGGUCCAUCCAUGACUAAUGGUAGACCAUUAGACCUCAUCUGAGGUGGAAACAUUUCAUUUUGCUUGCACUUUUUCUAAUCGUACCAUUUAUAUGUAUUGUUCCUCUUCCACAUACUUGUGUAGCAACAACUGGUUUUAUCUGGAGUAAAUGAGGCGUUUUAUUUGAUGCACUCUAUUCUGCUGCUUUGUAAAUAACAAUCGCUUGUACAAAUCCAUCAAUAAACUGCUGAAACACUA